AUGGCCACCAUCGUCGGUUCCAGAACCAAGGAUGCAGGCAGUGGGUCGGGGCCUCGGCUGGUGUGUCGCUACUGUGGCUACGUGUCGAGCAACGCCAGCUACCUCGCGCAUCACGAGCGGACGCACACGGGCGAGCGGCCCUUCCCUUGCCCCGUCUGUCCGAAGGCCUUCAACUGGAAGGUGGACCUCAAGCGCCACCUGCGCACCCACACCGGAGAGAAGCCCUUUCCGUGCACCCUGUGCGGCCGCUCGUUCCGCAUCCGCAGCCACCUGACGGGACACCUGCGGUGCCACUCGACCGAGCGCCCCUUCCGGUGCACCAGGUGCCCCAUGCGUUUCACCCAGAGCAGCGGGUUGGCUCGACACAUGCAUGUGCACACUGAGGAGCCGCCUCCCGCCUAG